UGCAAAUGAGUGUGAAGAAAAAGUAAGAGAAGUCAAAGGCUUAAUCCAGGAGACCCUGUGGAGAACCUUUGGAAAGACUGAACUGUUAGUUGCACUUCAAGUAGCGGAAUUAGAAUGUGAACAUGCUGCCACUAUCAAACCAGGAGUGGAGAAGGAAGCAUAUGACUUCACCCUUAACCACCUGAGGGAACUCUUAAAGGCUGCAAAAGAAGCUCAUUGUCACUGGAAAAGAUGGAUCCCUCAUGGAGCACGAGAUGAAAUCCAAGAUCGUCUGAGAGAAUUGGAACUUAGUGUCCCCAAGCUGGUUUCCAGGACAGCAGAGUUCAUUCAUGCAAAGCUAAAAGAUGAAGAAAAGAAAGAUCAAAUUGUAACUUCCCAAAAUUAUUCUUUACCAACCAUCAAGCUGAAACCAACUUCUCUCCCAAAGUUUUUUGGAAACAAACGUGACUUUUAUAGAUGGAGAAAAGACUGGGAAGCACUUCAAAAACAAGGAGAACCAACUGGUUCAAAAGAAGUGAAGAAAGUGCAGCUGCUGGACAGUCUGGAUGAGAAAAUCACGAGAGACCUUCGCUUAACCUCCUAUAGCACUCCAGAAGACAUUUUUCAAGUCCUUGAAAACCGCUAUGGAAAUCAGACCUCUAUUGCAAUUGAAAUUGUGGAAGAGCUACAGAGAAUUCCUGCAGUUAGAGGUCACCAGCCAAGAAGAAUCGUGGAGUUGAUCCAAGCUGUUGAAAAAGCUCUUAAGGAUUUAAGUGAUCUUGGAAAUACUGGAGCUAUUAAGAACCCUCUGGUUACAAAGUCAAUUGAAACUAAGCUCCCUGAAGUUUUGAAGAAGGAAUGGCUCGUUUAUGCAGCUGAUAAAAGGAAUGCUGUGACACCAGAGAAUCGAUUUGAUCACCUGCUUGCAUUUCUGAAAGAUCAAGAAAAUAUUUAUGAGCAACUAGAGCAACUGAGAGAGGAAGAGUCAAGUAGACGAGAGACCCGAAUGGAGCAAAGACAUGCUAGAACCAAGUCAGUCAAAGCAGUUGAUGACUUUGCAAACUGUGUUGUCUGUGGUGACGGAAAACACAGGAAAAGACUUUACUUUUGUAAACAGUUCAGAGCAUUAACAUUAACUGAGAAAAAAGCUGCUGUUAAUAAAAUUGGUGCAUGUAGAAAGUGUUUGGAAAUACAUGAUGACAAAUCAUACUGCAAACCUGGAUUCUUGUGCAAGAAUCAAAGCUGCAGGAAUGGAGAUGAUCCACAUCACUAUUAUCUAUGCCCAAGUUUUGAAGCUAAGAAAAGCAACACAGCCCAGAGGAGGAACCGAUUCGGCAGAGAAGAAGACAAAAGCAGCAGAAAGUAUACAGAGGAGCAAGAAGAAUUUCUUAAGAAAUUGUCACCUGAGUUGGCUAAAGACUGUAGAGAUGUAUUUUCAAACACUGCAUCUAGAACUUUCAAUACAACUCAAAAUCAGUUAAAUCUCCUGAUGGACAGUGGAGUGCAGGAACUGCCAGUGUUAAUGAUGCUCCUUGAAGUAACUGCAAAUGCUGGUCAAAAAAUUGGCACAUUAAUUGAUCUUGCAUCAGAUACAAAUUACAUAACACACAAGGCUGCAAGCAGAUUAAAUCUUAAGAGUGAAGAGAUCACGCUCAUUGUCUAUGGAGUUGGGGGGAUGAAAGUUUGUGUGGAGACAAAACGUUAUCUUUUGAAGAUUCGUGUGAAGACCUCCAAAGGCACCCUUAAACCUUACCAGCUUGUUUGCUAUGGACUUGACAGUAUUGCAGACAUUCAUAAGCAUGUUAAAGCAAAGCAGCUGCAAAGAUUUUUUCCAGAUGUACCACUGGAUGAACUUGAAAGACCUAGAGAAAUAAGCUUACUUAUAAGCCAUAGGGAAGGUCAGUUAACACCACAAAGGAUUAGAGUUGUGGGGAACCUUGUACUGUGGGAUGGUCCCUUAGGAAAAGUGGUUGGAGGAACUCAUCCAGAAUUGUUUGAGGAACUUGCCAUGACUGCUUAUUCCACCAAAACCCACUUUGCAAGGUCAAUGAGGACAGCUGCUGCCAAAUAUGAAGAAUUAAUUAAUGAAAUCCCACAGAAUUCACCAUUAAAUCACCAGGUCUCUAACCAGCUAAAAGCAUCAAGCACUGCAACUUCAAGCCGAGAUUUCCUGGAGUGGUGGAGAUGGGACAGUAUUGGCGCAGCUUGUGAGCCUAAGUGUGGAGGUUGUCGGUGUGGAAACUGUCAGCCGGGAGGAAAGUCGAUGACGCUCGCUGAAGAAAGGGAGCUAGAGGUAGUGAAGGAAGGCCUCACCUACAAUGAAGGAGAUAGCCACACUAACGAACCUCACUGGCAUGCUAGGUACCCAUGGUUGGAGGAUCCAGCAUCCCUUCCAAACAACAGAAACGCAGUUGAAGCUACAUUUUUUAGAACAGAGAAGCAACUGGCUAAAGAACCUGACUGGAAAACUGCCUACACUGAACAAGUGCAUGACAUGCUUCAGCGUGAAGCUGCAAUUAAGUUGUCUGAGGAAGUAAUCAACAAAUGGAAUGGCCCAGUGUGGUAUGUAAGCCACUUAAUUGCUCCAAAUCCACACUCGGUGACAACUCCUGUAAGACUUGUGUGGAAUAGCAGUCAGAAAUUUAAAGGGAUAAGUAUGAAUGACCUGCUGAGAAAAGGCCCAGAUGUCCUGAACCAGAUCCGUGCUGUCCUAUUAAGGUUCCGAGAGGGAGCUUAUGCUGCAUUAGGAGAUAUAAAGAAAAUGUAUAAUUCUGUUUGGCUGGAAGAAAGAGAAGUUCACCUGCACAGGUUUAUUUGGCGUGACUCUGAGGAUGAAAAGGUUGGAGACUAUGCAAUUACAAGAGUGAACAUUGGAGAUAAACCUGCAGGAUGCAUUGCACAGUUGGCGAUGCGAGAAACUGCAAGUUUACCCUCAUUUAUUCACCUUGUAGAGGAGCGACAAGUCCUUCAAAAUAACAGCUAUGUUGACGACAUUCUAGUGUCCCACAAUGAUCCCGACAGACUAAAGCAAAUCACAGAAAAUGUGGAGCGCAUUCUCAAAGCUGGAGGUUUCAAACUAAAACCCUGGGUGUUUUCUGGGCAAAGUGGGAGGAAAAAUUGUAGCAACAAGCAGGAUGAGGAGAAAGUAAAGACCAUGAUUUUACCAAACCAAAUGCGGGAUGAGGACAAUAAAGCACUCGGUCUGGGGUACAUUGUCGAGGAGGACAAACUCCAUGUCAUGGUCAGCAUAAAUUUUUCAAAGAGGAAAAGAAAGAUGCGACUUGGACAAGACCUCCAGCAAGACCAAAUCAGAAGUCAAACUCCAAACCCUCUGACAAGGCGAGAGCUCCUCAGUCAGGUGUCUGGUCUGUAUGAUCCAAUUGGCCUGGUGACUCCUGCGAAACAAAAGGGAGCAAUCCUAGUACGGAAAGCUUUCCAAGAGGCAAAGAAUGUGAGUAAACAAGUAAAAGAUACCUGGGAUUUGGCACUCUCCAGUGAUCUUAGAGAAGAAGCUAUUAAGCUUUUUGAAGAGUACUCUCAGCUCAGUGAGAUCCAGUUUGUCAGAUCAUUAACUCCUUUUCAAAACUGUAAUAACUCUUUAGCUAUUACAUUUUCAGAUGGAAGCGAAUGUUCUUAUGGAGCAGUGUUGUACCUGAGGUGGGGAUCAACUCAAGACCCAAUCAUUAGGCUGGUGGAAUCCAAGGCUAAGCUGACUCCAUUGGAACAAAGAGGAUUGGAGAGAUCCAGAGCAACACAAGAAUCCAAGAUUGGUGGUGGAUUCCUGGGGAUCAAAAUAUUGCUGACAUCAUUACUCGAGGAGCCAGCCCUCAAGAUCUUGAUCUUAACUCUAAGUGGCAACAAGGCCCAGCAUUUUUAAAAUCUCCAGUUGAAAUUUGGCCUAUUAAAUCACCUAGGCAAAUUGCCAUCAAUGCAAAAGAAAGUAUCACAAAGCU